AUGCCAGCCACAGCCCAACAAGUACUAGAAAAGCAAGAGAACUUGAAAUCAUCAAAUUAUUUACUCUACGAAUUGAACAAAUUAUACUACAUUUAUUUUUACUCAACCCCAUUACCAUAUUCAACUUUGGGUGAAGCCAUUGUUUUCAAUAGCAUCAUCAUAUCGUUGGCAACAUUAAUAAUCUACUAUGCAAUUUUCAUCUUGCCAUUCCAAUUACUUCAAUCAAGUGAAAAAGUAUACUACUAUAUGACUGGUCAUUCAAUUACCUUUGAUGUUUUACAAAUUAUUCAUACAAUUUUCUAUUUGAACGGUGAUAAUUCAACUUUUGUUAUUAAUAGUUGGUCAGAUUUGCCUAAAAUUAUAAGGAUUUAG